AUUUUUGAUCUCAUGGAGAACAGUGCACCACAAGCUGAUUUCACAUUCUUAUCGGCGUGUCAUACCGCUGUCGGUGAUGAGCGGACACUCGAUGAGGUUAUCCACCUCGCAGCUGACCUGCAGUUUUCUGGGUUCAAGAACGUCAUCGGCACUCUGGAAGGUCGACGAUGUUGUCACAAAAACGCCGUCUCUAUGAGAAAAUGUUCAAGGAUCUGGAGGACGGUAUUAUGGACGGUACUCGGACUCUCGGAGGGCAUCCUUGGCACUCAAGAGACCGAUUCGGAAUCGGUUUCGUUAUACCGGUGUGUGGUUCCAUGUUGUUUUGGUCACCUAGUGUUGUGUGCUUUUAGCUGUCUAUUAUUGCAAUUCCUUUGUAUACAUGUCUACUCCAGAGACUUCGCAUGUGAUCAGAUCCAUUUCUCGGAGCUAGCAAAGGUUGUUUUUUGA